UUGGUUGGUUGGUUGUCAUUUCGGGUCGGUUGGCUGGUUUUGGUUUGCUUUGGUAGCAGCAACGCCGGGAACUUGGCCCCAGUCGCAGACCACACGCUCCACGGCAACUACGAUUCGGAUUCGUAUUCGGAUUCGGCCCUGGCUCGCCACGAACGCAGUCAAAACAAAAAGAAAAACAAAAACAAAAAACAAAAACAAAAAGUAAAACAAAAAUAAAAACAACAAAGAAAAACAAAAACAAAAACAAAAACCAUCUGUGCCGGUGGAAGUGCGAGUUCGGCUAUCGCCCUGUGCUCGGAAUCGACGUUAUCACAACGGCAGUAUCGGAAACAGCACCAGCCACAGCACCAGACGAAAAGAAGAAUCGAUUGACUAUCUGCUGAAGUCAUGAGCAACACCAUGGCAGCCGCCCACGAGCCGACGAUCCACUACCUGGACAGUGUGCUCAACGAGGAGGAGAAGCGGUGCGAGUACGGCCACCAGUGGCGCAACUUCUCCAUCUCCCGAUCCGGACGCUUCCGCUCGAAGAACAAGAAGCGGGACGCGGUGGACGGCAAGCUCUUCGACGCAGGAUCGGGAUCGGGAUCGGGAUCGGGAUUAGGAACAGGAACAGGAACAGGAACAGGAUCCCCGAGGGACAGCGAAAAGGUCUCCAGUCGCACUGCGUCCAAGUCCGCCGCUCCUUCGACGACAGGAUCGACGUCGAACCCAGGCACCCAGGCGAGAAGCCAACGUGACCAAGUGGAGAGCUAUAAAAGUUUUUACGAAACGAAUUUAUAGAUAAUGGCGCCUUGUCAAGCAAUCGGCUGUAUUGAAUAAGCACUACUUUCCUUACAAUGUACACAAUUAUCAUGCAUAUGUAUAUAGCUAAGCAUGACGCUUUAUUUUAUCAGAUUGAGAGGAAAGAAAGAGAAAGGGUGGGGCAGUGAAAGGACUUAUUGCACUACGUGCUGGCUAUGCAGCGCAGGGAAGACGAUUUAAGGUUUAGUAAGGCAUACUUCGCACACCAUCACUUUCUCUCUCUUUAUGCUUAGAUCAAUUGUACUUAAGUCAAAUUAUUUCAUACUGCAUUCUGGCUUGCUUAGAGUGUUAAAGUAUUAAAACGUGAUAAUUGCACUAAUUAAUAUGCAUAUUUUUAAAUGUAUAGCUAUAGAGAUGUACGCCUAACUUUAGUGAAAAUGGUUAUAUUUAAAUCAGACCAAUAAAGAACCAGGUUCGGUUUAAGAGUCGUUUAA